AUGGAGCCCUCAGGCCUCACAGAGUCCACCACCCCGUCGGAUUACGAUUACAGUAGCCUUCUGUGUGAGAACGUGGCCUUUGUCUUUACUACCUUCGUCACCACCAUCCUCUACUCCCUAGUGUUGCUCUUUGGCCUGGUGGGCAAUGGCCUAGUGCUGUGGGUCCUGAUCAAGUAUGAGAGGCUGGAGUCUCUCACCAACGUCUUUAUCCUCAACCUGUGUCUCUCAGACCUGGUCUUCACGUGCCUGCUUCCCGUGUGGAUCAUGCCGUACUACGUAGACUGGGUGCUGGGUGACAUCCUUUGCAAGCUCCUAAACUUACUCUUCUCCAUCAGCCUUUACAGCAGCAUCAUCAUCCUGACCGUCAUGACCAUCCACCGCUACCUCUCUGUGGUGAGCCCCCUCUCGACGCUGCGUGUCCACACCCUCCGCUGCCGUGUGCUGGUGACCUGGGCCAUAUGGGCUGCCAGCCUCUUGUCUUCCAUCCCAGACGGUCUCUUCCACCAGGUGCACAAUGAAAAGUGUGAUUAUUCAGAACUCAAAUGGCAUCUCAUCUCGGUCUACCAGCACAACAUCUUCUUCCUGCUGUCCAUGGGGAUUAUCUUCUUCUGCUACGUGGAGAUUCUCAGAACCCUGUUCCGUACUAGAUCCAAACGGCACCGGCGGACGGCCAGGCUCAUCUUCACCAUCGUGAUGGUGUACUUCCUCAGCUGGGCGCCUUACAACCUGAUUUUGUUUCUGCAGACCCUGUUGAAACUCAGCAUCAUCCAGAGCUGCGAGGUCUCUCAGCAGCUCGAGUACGCCAUGGGCAUCUUCCGCAAGCUUGCCUUCUCCCACUGCUGCUUCAACCCCGUGCUCUAUGUUUUCGUGGGGGUCAAGUUCCGCACACACCUCAAAAAUCUGAUCCGACGGGUUUUAUUCCGUAGACAGCAGGCAUCUAGUUCAUACCCUAUCCCACCCCCCACCCCAGGAUCCUUCAACCAUGAGAGCACCUCCUUCUUUUGA